AUGGUACAACGUCUGCGUUCUGUGGCCCGGGAGGGGGCCGCCCUUGGGAGCUUUGGUGGUGGUUGUGGAACUCUGGCAGUGCUGGAACAAAAUGAAGCUGGGAUUACUCUGCUCGGGAGUUUUGACUGGAAUGAUGGCCUGUUUGAUGUGACUUGGAGUGAGAAUAAUGAACAUGUGCUGAUCACUUCUAGUGGAGAUGGAUCCCUGCAAAUCUGGGAUACAGCUAAAACCAAAGGUCCGCUGCAAGUCUACAAAGAGCACACUCAGGAGGCAUAUAGUGUUGACUGGAGCCAAACUAGAGGAGAACAGCUAGUGGUGUCUGGUUCAUGGGAUCAAACAGCCAAGCUGUGGGAUCCAGCUGUGGGGAAGUCAUUAUGCACUUUUAAAGGCCAUGAAGGGGUCAUUUACAGCACUAUAUGGUCUCCACACCUUCCUGGUUGUUUUGCAUCUGCCUCAG